GCCGUGGCCGCCUCGGAGCCGAUGUCAGCGCGGCCAAAGGCGGCGCAGCUGCUCGGAGCAAACUCGAGCAAACACGCAGGCGGCUUCCGCUGCUAGCGAGUUGCGUUUAGUUAGUUACCCGUGAGCUUUAGGUCGAUCUUUGAUGGGGUUGCCGGGGCGAGCAUCGUGGCCGCGACCCAACAGAUGCUGCUGACCGGCCAGUGACCGCCAAGUGUGGGAAGCUGAUCCAGGGAGCCGCUUAGCGCUGCUUCGCCAUGGCGGAUGGAAAGGACGACGACGUCAUCCACCUGGGCAGCUUCAACGUGCACCGCGGCCAAGGCUAUCGGGCGGGUCAGAAGGAGCUCAUCACCAUUUCGGAUGACUCGGACGAGGAGCCUGUGACGUUCUCACCCGGCAGCCCGGUUUUAGUCCCAGACGACGACGACGUCAGUAUAUUGGAGCCGCCAACUCCUCCGCGCAGGAAUAUAAUUCGCCAAGCGGCCAAAUGGAGCGGCAUCUUAAACGUCGGAGGCCAGAGCGGCGCGGCGGCCGCCACCGGGGACUCGGGCUCCGCCCCCUCUACCUCCAGAGACUCCAGGAUAAGCCAGCCAGCCAUACACGCGCAGACUGCGGCGCCCCCUGUCCCGUCAUCCCAGCCUCAGCCAAAGCAUCACACGUACGCGCCGCCUCGGUCCGCCGACACCCCGUCUACCUCCACGAACGCCAGUGCCAGGUCGUCCGGGACGGCUGCCGCCUUUCAGGUUCAGCCGAGCGCGUCCGGCCCGUCGCAGCCCCCCGGUGGCUCCUCGGCGCAUUUACCGCAGCGUCAGGCGACCGCCUCUGCCGCUGCGACGCCGUGCACCAGUGCAGCUGCGGCGGCUGCGACGUCCUCCACAGCGAGGCCUCCGGAAAGGCCGGGCACCGGUGGACGACCAGCACCGGACGGCGCCCGGGCCAGUACUUCGUUUGCACACGUCCAGUCUCACGCACGGACUCAGCCUCAGCCUCAGCCUCAGCCCGGUACGUCUGCACAGCUCCAGGCCGGCGGAGCCACAUCCACACAGGCCCAGCUCAUCCAGGUCCAGCCGGUGAACGCGCCGGUUCUUCCGCAGCAGCCCAGCGUCCAGGCUUCUGCUCUGAUAACCCAGCCCCAGCUGCAGCACAGGCCCGCCAAUCCCCUCAACCCCGCGUCGCACAAUCAAAUGCAGGGCAAUCUGAUUCAGAUUGAGCCGCAGCCCCUGGCCCAGGCGCCGGCCCGGCCCGUGGCUCGGCCCGCUCAGGCUCCUCAGGUCAAAGCCGUCAUCCCGCCCGCCGUUCUAAUCGCCGCUGCCCCAGAGAGAUUAGGUCCUCCUGAGACAGGUCACCGGAUUAUCCUGGGGAGCCAGGCGCCUGUGGAGGCCGUUCCCAACCCCCCUCCCAACGCCCCUGUCGCGGCUCCGCCCGCCCCGGGCCUCAACAUCAGGCCGCCUAACCCCCCAGUCCCCCACAACGGAGGGGAGGCCGGGCUCUUUGUGGCCCCCGAUCCCGAGCCGGUGAACCCGGCCCCUGCUCUGGUGGCGGUCCCCCCCGCACCCGAGGCCAUUCCCCAAAUCGAGGACGCCAGACCUGGACCCUCGGCACCGCCGGAGAGACCGGAGCAGCAGCCUCAUGUUAGAGCCCUCGUCGUCGGUGUGCUGGAUCUGUUCCCAGACAUCCAGGAGGCGUACGUAGCAGAGCUGAUCCUGAGGCACAACCUGAAAGACUUGAAUGUGGUCUGCAACCUGGUGCUGGAGAACGCCGAGUACCCGAGGAGGGAGGCGGCCGCAGCCUCGGUGGCGCCCACCAGCAUCCUCCUGGAGUCGGGGGACACCCAGGCGGAGGUGACCGAGGACCUGUUCGACUACGCCAAGCUGAGCACGGAGGGGCCCGAGGUGAUCAUGCAGGCUGCCGACUUGCUGAUGGCAGACUUCCGCAUGCUCAGCUGUCAGGACAUCAAAUGGGCCCUGAACGCCCUGAAGGGACACUAUGCAAUCACACGCAAGGCCUUAUGCGAAGCCCUGAAGAAGUGGCAGGAAUCGGGCGAUCCGUCGGGCAGGAGGCGACGGAGCAGGACGUCCUCGGAGCGCUGCUACAUCGAUUUUCAUUUCCAGCACGGUUCCAUCAGGUUGGACAGGAGGAUGUACUUUUUGGAGAACGACCGGCGCUACUGCAGGACGUACAACAACCUGGAAGGCUCCGUGCAGAAGGAGCUGUCCUUCUAUCAGCAGAAGGCCAAGGAAUGGGCAGAGCAUGAAGACUUCCUCCUUGCCCUGCAGGUCAACGAAGACGAAUAUAAGAAGGACGGCCAGCUGAUCGAGUGCGGCUGCUGCUACGGGGAGUUCGCCUUUGAGAAGAUGACGCAGUGCUCGGACGGACACCUGUUCUGCAAGGAGUGCCUGGUUAAAUACGCUCAGGAGGCGGUGUUUGGCUCCGGCAAGUCGGAGCUGAGCUGCAUGGAGGACGGCUGCCCCUGCUCCUACCCCGUGUGCGAGCUGCAGAAGGUCCUCCCCGAUAACAUCCUGUGCAAAUACAACGAGAGGCAGGCCGAGGAGGCCGUGGCGGCCACCUGCGCCGACGAGUUAGUCAGGUGUCCGUUUUGUAACUUCCCAGCCCUGUUGGACAAAGACAUGUCUCUGUUCAGCUGUCCCAACCCUCGCUGCCGCAAGGAGAGCUGUAGGAAGUGCCAUGUCCAGUGGAAGCAGCAUGUGGGGAAGACGUGUGAGCAGGUCCUGGAGAGAGACGAGAUCCGCAUGAGAGUGCUGUUCGAGGAGCGCAUGACAGCCGCCCGGGUGAGGAAGUGCGUGAAGUGCGGGACGGGCCUGGUGAAGUCGGAGGGCUGCAACCGGAUGUCGUGCCGCUGCGGCAGCUUCAUGUGCUACCUGUGCCGAGAGCCCAUCACGGGCUACAACCACUUCUGCCAGCACGCCCGCUCCCCCGGCGCCCCCUGCCGACACUGUCGCAAGUGCUCGCUCUGGACCGACCCCACGCAAGACGAUGAGCGGAUCAUUCAGGAGAUCCAGAAGGAAGGUGAAGCUGAGCUGAGUAAGAAGUGUGCAGAUAAUUCAGGGAAGAGGGUGGGCCCGCCUCCAGAGGUCAUCACCAACGUUAAACGGCCACGGGUGGGUCCGCCCCCAGAAAACCCGGCCCAGCCCAACGCCCCGCCCCCAGCUCCUCAACCCCCUCAAGCGGUACAAGCGCCCCUGUUCGUCCCGCCGCGCGCCCGCUACCACCCGGCGGUACCCCCGCAGGGCCGGUUAUACCAACGCAUCAUCAUACCUCGGCUGCCGCCGGCGCCUUACGUGCCCCCGCUGCAGCCCCCGCUGCAGCACCUGCACCCCCUGGACAAUAACAACCAGCACAACCACAACCCCCACCACAACAUGGACCUGCCCAUGCACUAUGGACCCCCGCCACACUACUUUAGACGCUACUAACACUGCGUGUGUGUGUGUGUGUGUGUGUGUGUGUGUGUGUGUGUGUGGUGCGCGUGCCAAUCCCGCUCCGUUGGUGUUCAGAUGCAAACACUACGCCACAGCCAGGCUUUCCACGUCACCGUUUCUGAUGCGGAGCAGAUCCGCUUUUUCCUUUUCUGCAUAAGAAACACUGAAAUCAUAAAUGCAUUCACUGAGAAGUCGGGACCCAUCUGUGCUUUUUGCCUUCUGCCGAUGGUUGGACUUCCACGUUCAGGAGGACGUUCCCUUUUUUCUUCUCUCGCUCUUUACGGACCCGAACCGGUCCGAUGGACAGCUGAGAAAUGAGGCAAUUUAUGUCUGGUUUAUACAGAUAUUUUUGAGUAAUAAAAAUAUGUUUAAAGUCAAAA